UUUAUUUAUAUUUAAGUAAUUUUUCGUCCUAAAUAUAAGUAACAUCGCAGCCACUGUUGGGAAACUAUAUAUGUACCAGUGCGUUUUGAAAGUCUACGGGUUUCCAUUCCAUGACACAACACACAUUCCACUUCAGGUAAUUAAACUAAUAACCCCCCCCUCUGGCUCCAGCACUAAUCAGCAGCAGUGAUUACACCAGUACUAAACAAAAUGAUCAGAUACAUGCUGUUUUACUUGCCGUGAGCAUCUUGCAUCUAUAUUGAUUCAAUGAAGUCAUUUUGUACUGAGGCAACAGCUUGUGAGGAUACUCCUGCAAUUUAACAGAAGAUGAUUUAAAAUAGUAAACCGUUUCACAUUAAUGUUGCCUGACAGAUUACCCUGUUGACUUGUCUCGAUGCAUUUAUUGUGGCUCAUGUAUAUUCUGCUUGUGAAAUGUGUUUGACCACGAUAGCUAUUCCAGUGCUUCCACACCACGUUGACACCUAGAGGUUAUAUAUGGGAUCACAGCAUCGAACUGGGAACCAUUGUGCUAUUCCUCCUCAAUCAGACUCUUAUCAGGUGUUGAUUUUGUCUUAAAUAUCUAUACCUUGAACAAUAUAAAAAUGUGUAAUUCCCUCCUAUUCUCUCUGAAGUAUUUAAUUAUGUGUAUCUUGACUGUUAGUUGGACAAUAUUUGUGAUAUCUGACCUAUAGCGGAUGUUACUGCUUAUUUUAACCAAGUAUAGCCUAUAUUUAACCCCCUCCACGCCAACCCUCUUUACCAUUUUUAAGGAAGGACAGGGAUCUGUAGUGGGUGAUCAAGAGUCUUGAUCCAAAGACCGUUUUGAUCAAUAAUCAAAUGUUCUACCAGUGAGCUAUACCGUCUGAUUGUCAAAUUGCUAUUUAUGCCUGACUGGAGAUUAAGGAACAUUAUAAGCUCUUAGCCUCAAUCCUUCAACUUCAAACAAAUACAAGUUGAUGUGUUUGGUCGGUGAAAGAACUUAUUGACCAACAGUGCUUUCUCACUGAGUCUGAUCACACUUUGGUUUUGGAUUCAGGGACAUAAAAAAUCUAUACUAUCACUGUGUAAUCAAGAGAGGCAGCCAAAGUUGAACAGGAGACCUCCUGAUCUGCUGUCAAAUGUUUGGUCAAUGGCUUAUACCAGUGGGAUGUCAUUUGGCAAAAUGGCGUCCAAACAUUAAUUCCACUGGAUGCUGCUCACCCGACCCAAACGCCAAGACAGUCUCUUGCUCCCUGGUUUCUCUCUUCAUGCUGGGCAGUGGGCCCACAUGAUAUGUGUCUUUCUUUGGCUUUAUAAGCAACAGACAUAUAACAUCUUGAAACACAUCUUCCCGCUACUUAUCCUGAACUAAAUCCACAUCUACAUAGUUAAACAAAGAGAACAGGAGGCUCCACCUAACUUGUUGUUGAUGUAAUUUCAUAAACAAGUUCGGUCAGAUAGUCAGAAUCAGCACUGAUUCUGACUAUCUUUAGUUCAGUACUUUCAGUCUGCUGCUAGUCCCAGCCCAGCACGAAACUAGCCUGUACAAUCCCCGUCCUUAAGGUUAAUAGCUCAACAGCUUAUUAUUAUCAACAUAUUUAUCAGGCUGAGAUUCUUUCUGUGACUUUUAUGGUCUUUUCGUAGGCUUUUAAUAAGGAAGUAACAUUCUGUGUACCACGGCUGAGCUGAGAACAACGCUCUCAGUCACCAGUAAUUUGGAGCAGAGCUCCACUAGAGCUACUGGUUCAGUCAGUGACAGUGGUGGAUCAGUACUGUUGAAACGGGAUGUUGGUGUGGGACACAACACCGAGUGGUUUAUGUGAACUUGAUCGCAGGUGUUUUAAAAUUGUGGUUGUUUUAUUGGUUGGAGUUAAGUCAGUCCUCCGAAGGUUUACCAUCAGGAAGUUUUCAUUCAAAUUCAAAUUUCUGGUGGUAAACUUCACUUCACGUAUUGAUGAGGACUGUGUUGACGUCUUUAAAGAUGCUCUUCUUCCAAGGAAGUAAAACUUUUCCAUGAAAUCCCCAUUUCAUGAUGACACUGCUGUGUCAGGCUCAACGCACAUUAAUAGCAACCCGUCCGUCUACAACUCGGAAAUAGCGAAAUUGCUGUUAUGGCUUGAGUGAAACUGUAAUGUGAAAAAAAAAAUAAAAAUGACAAGACGUCUGACGAAUGUGUCACUCAAACCUCUUCUUAAAAAUGCUUUGAUGUUUACAUGGACGAUACACUGUCAAAUGAGCCAAAUUAGUUUGGCUUAUGCAGACGGGCUGAAGGAUUAUGGGAGUUAAGAAACAACAAUCUCCUCAAUCCAUCUAUGAGCAGUCUGUUUAAUGACUUGCUGCUACAUACAUCAUUUUGAAAGCUGCUUAUAUGCACUCAGAAUAUUAGAUAUUUCAGGCAGAACAUAGGAGGAGUGUUUAUACUUUAGUUCAAACGUCAAGCACAACAACUCUGGCUCUUACGCUGUGGAGUGAUACGAGAAAUGAAAGGUUUCUUUGCAACAUAAUCUGACAUGAUCCUCAUGCUGUCAGACUGCAUGUAUAUUAUGUAUGUAUGAAUUCUGUGUGUAAUCAAAUGACACAUGCAUGUAUGCAAUCAUUUGAAUAUUGUUGGAUGUAGUACAAGUGCAUACAUGAGGAGCAGAAGCCCAGACUUAUGCACAGAGGGCCGGUACCACGAGUUAGUGCUAAAUAUUAUGAGCCAUUGACACAAAUCAGAAAGAGCCUAAAUAAGAUCAUAUAGAACUCGGAACUUGAUCCAAAUAACAUAUCACUUCACUUUCUUUUUUUUUUAACUUUGAAUCUGGGAACUCUUCAGUGGCCACCAGGCUACACAACCUGAUCUCUACUGGUUGGGAAUAUUUCAAAGAGAUCCGCUCAGAAAUGCAUUGUUAUGAAAGAUACAGAGUUUAUAUUACAGUGCCGCUCCGACUCAACCGAUUUGCACCGCAUUGUUAACUCUGGUCUAAUACAUAUUGUCUCUGUGAAGAAGCCAACAGAUCAUCUCAUGUGUACACCAACCACAAUUUAGAGACAUCUAAUAUUAGCUCUUUCUAGUGCUGCACUGAAGACAAAAGAGAUCACGAGUAUGAGUCGGCACUGCUCUGGAAUGUGUCUUAAGAGUUACUGCAAACUGCUAUGACAGAGGGAGAAGCAACAGCAUUAUUGUUUAUAUAAAGUAGUUGUUGUUAACAGCUAAUCCGAACUAUUAGCAAUAAUGCUCAGCUGUAUCAUUUAAUAUUAACACUAUGUACAGUAUGGGCUACAACUGUUAACUGUCAGAGUAAUUUAGCUAUAUAAGAAAAAUACACAUACUUAAUCACUACUACUGCUAACUGGAAGGAAUACAAUAUUAUGCAACAACUUUGCCAGUUACUUUGCAAACACAAAAAACUAAAUGUCUUUUUUAAGAUUCAAUACUUUUUUUAAUCAAUAUUUUUCUGGAGCUGUUUCACCACCGUCCACAUUCUUUAUUUUAUUUUUCUAUAGUUGUGAGCUGCUCUUCUAUUUCCUUUGAACAUUGCAUUGUUGAAGGAUACCAUACAUCAACCACACACUCAAAACAUUCAAUGCAUUUAGUUUUAAUACUUCAUUCAAUUUGAAUAUACUACAAGAUAAGCACCUACUUUCCAUUAAUGUUUGAAUUUCACAGGUCAUGGGUGGAACCACGAACAGAAUUUCUUCUGGCCCAAGUAUUAUAUAAUGUUAUUAUUCAUUUUUCCCUUAUAAAGGGGGCACCCAGAGUUGAAGUGUGGACCUCUUGAUCUGCAGUCAAACGCUCUACCACUGAGCUAAACCCCCUUGGGAAAGGCUAACGUAGUGACAGAAACAGGGAGUUGUUCCACUUUAUGUCAGCAAAAAAUGAAAGUAAUAAAUAAUCUCCACUCUUGUGCUGGCUGAGUCUGCAAAGAUGACCUCGAUUGUGGCAUAAACAAACACACACAGAUUAAAAAAACAAAAGGCUUGCAUAGCAAUUUAGUGUGUGUUAUUCAUAAGGUAGAGCUUGAACACGGGGUACCCAGGCCAGAAAUGAGCUGGGGACUUUUUUACUUUGUUGUCAAAGCACUCAUAGCCAAAUAGGAAGAGGCCUUUAGUAUGAAUAGCCGCCUUUAUUCUUCUUUAGCACGCAUGUUAUAGCCAUAUGUGCAGCAAAAUCAUCAUCACAUCGCGUGCAGUUUUCUAUAUAAAUCUGUACGACUGAAGAAAUGCCCCAUGCCUCACAUCUAAAGGAGAUGUGGAUGUCAAAUUAUUCAAGGGUAUUACCAAGAGGAAAAAAAAUACAUUUCACCACUUAUUCAAUUUCACAUUCAUCAAAACAAAAUGGAAAAACUGCAAUAGCUGUACAUUAAAGAAAAAAAGACUUAACGAAAGCUGUGGACUUUGAGUGACAUGAUGUGAAUUUAAAGAGGAUUUAAACCCUCUGAUUUCUCAGCACAUGAUAUAUGUGAAAUUUGGUGAUAGCAAUUGGUCGACUCAGAGGAAAGAGAUAAGAAAAGAGGCUGAGAUAGCGUGCAGUACUAAUUUGAGCAACCACCGCUGGUGAGUGGAUUUGGACAAUAUCAAACGAACAACUUUUAUUGUUCGUAGCGUUGCAUGAUUAUGUCUCUGUGAGAGGGGCUUUAGGGAGGGAGCAGAGUGACGGAGAGGAGGGUAUGCGGCUGAAAUUGAUGGGGAGGAUUAUGGCCAAGUGGCCAUAUAUCUGCAAGCAGUAUUGACAUCAAACAUUUAGAAGGGCCAGGGUCAGCUGAUUAUUUUGACGUUUCCCAACUUUUAUCUCAAAGAGUUCAAAGUGUCCUUUUGCAAAAACUUUCUGUGUCAACUAGUCGUUAGUUUCUUUUCUAGUUGGCAGCUCACUGGCCUUCUUAGUACCCCAAAAUCUACUGGCAUUCAUAACAAACAGCAUGUUGGGCAUCAAUUAUUUGUUGUGCUUUGACACAUUGGACUUGGUAUGAAACUCGUGGCCACUAGAUUUAUGGGGAAAAUACUGAAAAGUAAAGCUAGGGUUGGUAAUCUUCUUCAACUACAUUUUUUGUUUUACGUUAGAAACUGUCAUAACACCCCGACGGCAAAUCACGCUCUGACAACAAAAAUAAAAAUAACGAGACAAAACAGGUAUCUGUGGCUGUCGCAGGACUGUAAUAAGCCCCUUGUCGUCCUCCCUACCUGUCUACUUGCGCAUACCCUCCUGGUGCACUCAUAGUGGGUCACCUGAGUCUCUCACAAACUGCUAGUUCAACAGCUGUGAGUACUAACAAUAGCUAUCGUAAUAUAAUUUACACUCAUUAUGACUCUUUUGGGGGAGUGGCUUGGGAGAUAGGCCUAAAUCGAUAGAUUUUGGAGCUAGUGCUGCAAGCUGCUUUCAUUGGAAAAAUGUCAACACUAGUUAGAUUUGAUUAUAUGUUUAUAUAUAAUGUAUAUUCAUUGCAACCCUUUACAAUAAGAAUCAAUGGAGCUAGUGAGAAAUAAAUUCAGAAAUAUAUAUAUUCUUAUUGUAAAGGGUUGCAGAGGAUAAAAAUGUUGCAAAGCUUUAUCUUUAUUUGCAUUAGUGGCUGUAGUAACAGCUCCAUCUUUCUGUUUGAUGGAUACUGAAAAUCUUCUGUUUGUUUCAACUAAAACUUUGUUGUACAAACAUUUCCCAUGUUGUUUACUUCAAUAUUCAUAUAUUAGCUUUUAUAUCUUAAAUCAAUAUUUUCAAUAUUUUCUUUUUUUCCCUUUUUAUAAAAAGCUCAAAAUGUUUUUUCUAUGUAGAGAAAAUGCAAUCUUCAAGUUAUUUAAUUAGGAUCUACUGGACUUAAAAGGAUGCAUAUAGAUAAGAUGCACUAUAACAGUGUUAGUGAAACAUAAAGCCUCUAAUUGCCUUACCCUUUCCUAAAAGCCUAGUCCUGUUGUGCUCAGUGGCCAGAGGUCUCACAACGUCGAUGAGUUGAGUAUCUUUUACCUCCAAAACCACGUACUUCCUCUUCCACCCUAUCACUGUCUGUCAGUCAGACUUUCCUUUCCCUUCACCCCUCCAAGGGGUAUUAAAACCCCACCACCUCCUCAUCUCCAUCAUCACCACACAUACAAACACAAACCCAUCCCCACCCCCAACCAUGACCCAGUUUGGAAGGGGAUGAGGGGGUAAGUGAGGACCAUUUUGAGUACCACGGGGAGAGAGGCAAGAUGCUCUGCCUCCCUCAUUCCUCUCUCUUUCAGGAAGAGCUCACACUUGGUUAAGCACACACACUGAGGCUCUCCAUGAGAGGACGGCCACAGAGCCGGGUGUUUUGUUUUGAGUUUUUUUGUUGUCUGGAUGCGGUUGUUGAUUUUAGGUCAGGUCUGUUUGAUGUCAGUCCGAGGUUAAUGGGUGUGUAAAGGAGGCUAGGUGAGACGAGGGGACAGAGAUGAGGGGCCUCAGGUUGAGAGACAAAGGACACAGUACCUGGUAUCUGGGAGAGAAGGAGUAGAGUGAGUAUGUUGCUUCGUCACUUUGCUUGCUGCUUGUUUGUUUGUCUGUAUCUGCUCUGUUUUUGCAUUUAAUCAUUUGAAAAUUACUUUGAAUGAAGUCGAAAGAAGUAAUCUUUCAUUUGUAACAGAUCAGCUCCACCAGACCUCUAAACCAAAGGAUGAAUAUUUACAAGGUCUGGCGACAGCGCACUGACGUCCUGAACUUGUUGGUACUCUUUUGAUGAACUUAAUACCACUAUAAAGACAAUUUACAUUUAUAAACUGUAUCUGCAUGAAGCUGAAGAGAAUGCACAGAUGCACACGGAGAGGCUGCUCCUACCUCAGAGAUUCUUCCUGGAACAUAUGGAACCAGUUUACCGUUGCGUUUCUCCCCUUCGGACACUGUUAAUGAGGGAACUGUUUGUUUCCCAUGAACACUGAGAGAGAAAUCUUCCCUCCAAACCCACCUCCCUCCUUAGAAGAAGAAGAGCUCAUUCAUCCAGCUCAGCAAAGACUUCCUCAUCUCAAGAUUCUCGCAGGCCGAGGCUCACUUUUGACCACAAUGUUCAGCAGUUUCUAUUUUUAUCCCUCACUAGUGAGGUUUUUUGAUUUGAAUUCCUUUACAUCUUCCACUACACGUUUUAUGAGCCAGAGCCCUGAAUUGGGGUUUACUGUCUACUUAAACCUUUGGACUUUAUUAUUUAUUUGUGUGUCAUGGUCGCGUGCAUUGAUCGCUCUGCAAAGUCUGUGAACAGGUGAGAGAGGGACACUGUCUGCCCCACUGUCCAGCGACACCAUGAGCUGGAGCUUCCUCACGCGGCUGCUGGAGGAGAUCCACAACCACUCCACCUUCGUGGGGAAGCUGUGGCUCACCGUGCUCAUCGUCUUCCGCAUCGUGCUCACUGCGGUUGGGGGAGAGUCCAUCUACUACGACGAACAGAGCAAGUUUGUCUGCAACUCGGGCCAGCCGGGCUGUGAGAAUGUCUGUUACGAUGCCUUUGCCCCUCUAUCUCACGUUCGCUUUUGGGUCUUCCAGAUCAUUUUAGUGGCGAUGCCUUCUCUUAUGUACAUGGGCUAUGCUGUGAACAAGAUCGCACGAAUAGAUGAAGCCAAAGGAGGAACUGGCUCUGCUGCAAUUAGAACAGGAGGAGGAGGCUACACGCACAGGAAGCCCAGGAAAAUAUGCUUUGGAGCACGGCAGCACCGGGGCAUUGAGGAAACUGAGGAGGACCAAGAGGAUGAUCCCAUGAUCUAUGAGGUGCCAGAAAUCGAGCCCCCGAAAAGGCCGCGGGAUCCACUGCAACCCGCACCCAAACCCAAAAUCCGGCAUGAUGGGCGCAAACGUAUAAGAGAUGAGGGGCUGAUGAGGGUCUAUGUUUUGCAACUGGUGAUUCGUACACUGCUAGAAGCAGGCUUCCUUGCAGGCCAGUAUUUACUGUAUGGUUUUCGUGUGACGCCCGUGUUUAUGUGCUCGAGGAAACCUUGUCCCCACAGCGUUGACUGCUUUGUGUCGCGGCCUACAGAGAAGACCAUCUUCCUGCGCAUCAUGUAUGGUGUCACGGUCCUUUGCCUCACGCUCAACGUUUGGGAGAUGCUCCAUCUGGGGAUCGGUACCAUUUGUGACAUUAUUCGCCGUCGGCGCUGCCCACCUCAGGAGGAUGAGUACCAGUUGGGAUUGCUGGGCACCAAUGGAGGUGUGGAAGGAUCAGUAGGGGGGACAGGGCCUGAGGCAGGGUCUGAGGGAGGGGUGGGUGGAGACGGGGCUGCAGACUACGUCGGUUACCCCUUCUCAUGGAACACCCCAUCAGCUCCACCUGGUUACAACAUUGUGGUAAAGCCAGAGCAGAUGCCGUACACGGACCUUAGCAACGCUAAGAUGGCUUGCAAGCAGAACCGGGCAAACAUUGCCCAAGAGGAGCAUCAGCAAUUUGGAAGCAAUGAGGAUAACUUUCCCACUGGAGGGGAGGCCCGUGUAGCUUUGAACAAAGACAUGAUCCAGCAGGCUCAUGAGCAACUGGAGGCGGCCAUCCAGGCCUACAGUCAGCAGCACCGGGCAGAGGAGCAGCUUGGGGACAACCAGGACGACAAGCCCCAAAGUAACAUUAUCCAGGCCCAACCUCAGCCACAGCCUCAGCCACAGAAAGAGCGCAAGCAUAGAUUCAAACACGGUAAAGGAGGCAGCAGUGGAGGAGGCAGUAGCAGCAACAGCAGCAGCAGCAAAUCAGGAGAGGGUAAGCCCUCUGUAUGGAUUUAACCCCAGAAACAGUGACAUGUAUUGAAACCAUGUAUAUAUUACAGACUGGCUGACGAGUUGUUGCAAUCUUCCUUGGAUAUUUAAACACCACUAUGCCUUAAAAGAAUCCUGCAAGCUGGAGAAGAUGUGUUUGUGUACUACGGUGUGUAAAAACAGACGUGAUAUUGCAGCUGACAAUUUAUUUUGUCUGGGCUUUCACUGUUUGACUUGAAACAUCACACCAACACAAGCUGUAGGCUACAGUCUGUCGUUUACAUGUCUCGUUCUCCUCAAGUCCUGAAGCAGAUUACUGACCUCUGUUGUCUUCACGUUCAUCCUUUCUUGGGGAUUUGAACUUUGGAAAAUUACUGAAUGAUAAUGAGUUCCGUUGCAAAUCAGAUCGAUCCCAGAUUUGGCUUAACUAAUUUUCUGGCCGCUCCUCUGCAAAGACACCAUCUCUAUUAAUACAUUGGCAUCCCAAUUCUUCGGACAUCAAAAUGAAGUAUCAUCACGAUUCAACGGCAAAGGGAUGCCAUGACAUCAGUAUGUUCUGGCAAGCUAAAGCUAUGACUUCAUACUGUAAUGGCGUCAUCAAGGAACACCAUAAUAAUGUACAUGCAACAAAAUGAAACCUAAUUCAGUGGCAGCGCCUAAAGCAGUGACUUUAUAAUGCAGUGAGAACAUCACCUUCCUGUCAUGUUAUCUGUCUGCUUUCUCUCCAGUGUAGAGUUUCCAGUGUUAUGUUGCUGUGACUUGGCAUUUGACAGUGUGUUUGUAGUUUCCUGUAUUUUUGUUGUUUUUUGAUAACUGUGCUACACCAGCUGAGAAACUGAUGAGUACAGCAGGUGGCUAUUUUAUCCUGUGUACAUCUGAAAUUUCCUGAGAAAAAAUGUGUUCUUUUUAACAAGGUGCAUAAGCAAUCUAGUUUUUAUACCUUACUCUUAAACUUCUCAGUUUCUUGCUCUGGCUCUUAAUGGCUAUUGAACAAGGUUGCUCAGCACUCCACUGCUGUCUCAUCUGCCUUGUAGUUGACUGCCCCCUGGUGGUAUCUUCUUAGGUAAUGGGGAUUCUUUAUUGGGUAGUAUAUACCAGAUGCAAAUGCUUCCUGCAUCCAGCAACAACUUAACCAGCUUUAUUGUUCCUUUUCUAUUCACAAGCCUUGUGACAGUUAAGUCUUCUCAGCGCUACGAGUUCAGUGUUAGAUGUACAAGGCUGCAAUAUCACCACGUUGUAAUGGAAAAGGUUUAAAGCCAUUACUAUAAUAUCGUGAGACCAAACACUGUUUGUGUGAUGCAAGUGUCAGUGCCAAGAUUUUAUGCGAGGCUGCCCUGAAGCCUGGUUGUUUGUUGCCAUGCUACUCCAAUUGUGGAAAAAAUGCCCACGUGAGAUCAACCCUUUUGUAAAAGUAACUUGUUUUUUUGUAUUACAGUAAGUGUUUUGCUUUUCGGAACAGGAUUUAAAAUGGAAAACUCCAAAAUGGAGUCGAUUUUUAUGUUUGAGCCAGUGUUUUGUAUGAAAACACAAUUAGACUUUUUUUCAAAGAACUUUUUUUGUAAAAUAAAGAAAAAGAAAGCUUUUUUUAAUAAUUAAUUUGGUGUAUGGAUAUGUAUGGUUAUUGUGUUUUAAAUUGCCUUUCAAUUGUAAAAGAAAAUGUGAAAUAUGACAUAGUAUAUUUUUGUAAUAUGUCGGCUACAGUGACUUAUUGAUGUAAUGAAAAAAAGCCAGACUAUUCCCUGUACGUUACAGUGUCAGUAUCUAAAGUAUGUAGCAAACCUCUGGGCUAUGUCUUUUUUUUAAAGUGUUACUCCUUUUCCAAAAUUGUUCUGAGAACUGCAGAUCAGCCAUGUGCAUGGACACAAACAAAAGGAUAUGAAGUGCCAAACUAUUCAAACCAUUCCAAGCUUUCCCCACAGUGGCUUUCCGAACAAGCAGCAUGACGAAAUUUUGAGGGGGAGCAAAUCUGAAAAACAGGACAUUAUAUUCUUAAUUUCAUAAAUGUCGUCAGAAAGAUCUGAGUCUUUCCCAGCAAAUAGUGAACUUACUGGACCAUCACUCAUGUGAAGCUGUGAGGCUGGACUUUGUGACGUGGCUUCCUUCACACAAACACAGGGAAUGAUACAACAGAGUGCUUGAGUAGAAAGGGUCUUUCUGAUUGGUCUGUUCACCACUUGGCUCCAUGUGUCUGUUCAACAAGCCAGCCUGCAGCAGACAGUCAUACAUCACAAGAAGUACUUCAGUCAGCUGCUCCCCAGAGCAGCGAUUGACACUGACGCCACUCCCUCCCAAUAAGCCACGGGUGAUUUACUCAGAGUUUCCCAAUCAGUGACACUGUCCUCCCCUGGAGGCCAAUCAGUCCUCAUUAAAUUCAAACAAAGUUUCUCAACUAAAGUAUUUAUUGUGUUUUGUUGUAGAGAAGGACACAAACUGAAGUACAAUGGAUGACAAGCAGCUGGUGAUGGUUUGCAGUGAGAGCCAGCUGGAGUCACUAGAGGGCGACUCCCUGUCAAAGGAGGGAGCACCUAGAGAGUGAGGAAGGGGCAUUUUGAGGAGGUGUCAUGAGGCGAUAUGCUCAGAGUGUGCAUGACUGGCAGCUUGGCCUCACAUCUCCAAAACUAUUCCAGGUUAUGUGACUUAACAUAAAGUAAGAGAAUAAGGGAGAAAGAAAAAAGUAUACUCACUGAACAGAAAAGGCUUUUACAGCUACUUAUAUGAGGGUUUAUUCCCCUCUGCAUAUUCUCGCUGUCCUUUGAAAACCAUGUGUCUCCAACAUGUCACUAAAAACACUAAAAUCAAACACAGGGCAAACUAAGGUUAAAGGUGCCCUUUCUGAUUUGUAUGCCAAUAUGUGGUUUGACCGCUCUGCAGCAGUAUGUCCCUGUUGGUAUAUUUUGGAAAUGUUCAUUCUUUAUGAAAGUUUUUUAAAGGCUUUUUAAGCUGAAGCAUAUUGCUACUGAGAGUGUGCAGGAGUUAAACUUUUUCUUUUGCAAGGUAGCAAAAAAUAAAAAAAUAACACAACAUAAAAUUAUCGAAAUUUUUAGAUAUGUUUCACUUUGACAUUGACGAUACGCAUUUGAGUACCUUUAAAGACACAUGUUGGAACUGACAGCCAUUUAAUUACCCCUCAUACCUGGCAGCUGAAUGAAUUAUAAGUGAAAGCCCGUCACACAGUGGUUGUAUCACAAGUCUUUUGUGGGUCUAUUUAUCAGGGAUACCACAAUGUCCACCCUCAGCAUCUGUCUGUCUAUGUAAAAAAUAAUGUGUUCAGAAGAAAGACUAGUGUUUCCCUACAUGUUUUUUUUAAUGGUCACCCAUGUGGGAUGUGGCAAUAAAACCAGUGGUAUUACCAGUCCAAACUCUGAUUCAUACAUGCAUUUGUGUAUUUGUGUGUUUUCUAUGCCUUUUUAUAAAAUGUACAUUUC